AUGGCCCAAGACUUUGUCACUGUAAUGUUCCAACCUGGCGGGCCAACGUUUAGGCUAGGACUGCUGAGUCUGACCCACAUACCUCAAGACAUGGCACGAGUAGAUGAGCUUGUAACCACCAUCGUGGAGAGUGGCUUCAGCAGCCUGCAGCUGGUGGUGGACUUUGACUACACUUUGACAAGAGUUCAUAUGGGAGGACAGCGGUGCCAGUGCUCGUGGGGUAUCAUGGACAACAGCUCCCUCAUGCCAGCAUUCUUCCGUGAAGAUUCAAACAAGCUGUUGGCCAAAUAUUAUCCUAUUGAGAUUGAUCCUAAGAUGAGUGAGGAAGAGAAGAUUCCAUACAUGAUAGAGUGGUAUGAACAAAUCCACGAACUCAUUGUUAAGUGCAAAGUCAGUCAGGAAUCACUUGAAGAGAUGGUCAGUUCCAGUAAUGCUAGAUUGAGAGAUGGGACAGAGGAACUGCUGAGCAAGUUACAUAGUGCAGAGGUGCCUGUGUUAGUGUUCUCAGCGGGGAUGGGAGACAUUCUGGAACAAGUACUGAGACAUUUUAAUGUUUACACUGACAAUGUCAAAGUUGUCUCAAAUUUCUUCAAAUACAAUGACAAGGGUGUUAUGAUUGGCUUCAAAGGUGAUUUAGUUCACAUUUUCAACAAGAAUGAAAAUGCAAUUCACUCAUCAGAUUACUUUGACAAGCUAAAAGGACGAAACAAUGUGAUACUCAUGGGAGAUUCUCUUGGUGAUAUCAAAAUGGCCAUGGGAGUCCCACAGCCAAGUAACGUCUUAAAGAUAGGAUUCCUCAAUGAUAAGGUUGAAGAACGACUGGAGUCUUACAUGGACAAUUUUGACAUUGUUCUUAUUGAUGACCAAACUAUGGGUGUUGCUGGAUCAAUUGUAGGCUUAAUGAAAUAAUAAUUCUUUCAGUUGAAUAUAUGUGUAGUUCAGCAUAUGUUAAUCAUAUCAGGCAGCACAUCUAUGCCUCACAGUGUAAAUGGCUAGUGUUACAUUAUGUAUUUAGGUAAGGUACAGGGGAUACCCAUCUAGCAAAUGAGUUACAUUCCUGGUAUUCCAUCCUAAGAACCAGGUAUAUUCCUGGUAUUCUACUUAAGAAUGAGCUGCAUUUUGGUGUUCCAGUUUAUGAAGAAAUUGCCUAUAACUCGGAACUUAUUUUUCUCUAGAAUGCAUUAGUACAGCGGAUAGUUGUAUCACACAUGUUCAUGACUGUGGAAUGGCAUUAAAACAAUUUUUCUGUCAUUCCUCAUGAAGCUUAUUCUUAAGUGUGGAUGUUUGUAACUUGACUAAUACCCUGUAUCUCAGUUUGUAUUUUGACAUCCACUAGAAUUGCCAAUGUAUGUUUUACUUUUGUUACUUCCUUGAGACCUGUAAAUUACAGUGUGAUAAGCAGUAUGUGUUCAAAUUUACUGCAUUGUUAUCAGAGCUUUGUUAUUUAGAUUUUAUGAAUAUUAUGGUGGUUUAAAAAUUUGUGAAAGUUUACUUUUAUAAACUUAGGCCUCUUAGAGGUGCACCUUACAGUGUUGUGUAGUAAAUCAAAAUACUUUUAUUUUACACAUCCAAACCAAGUACAGGAGGGACUCCAUUUUUGUAGCUGUUAGGGUCCUAAUACCUGCUGAAAAGCAAAACAUCAGCAAGUGGAAAAGAGCAUUUUUUCUAUAUUGAAUGCAUCUAAAACAUAUUUACACUAUCAGAUAUUAAGUGUUUAAUACAGCUAGGAAUAAAAAAAUACAAAUGUAAAAUAAAUACACAGUAUAUACAAUAUUUACCUUAAAAUAUGGCACUGGUCACCCUACCCCUAUGAAACUGUUGUGUGAAAAAUCAUGGAAAAGCAGAAAAAGCACCAAACAUAAUAAACAAUGGCUCAUUUGAAAACCGCCAAAAAGAAGGAGCAAAAAACACGGGGCCCUCCUGUAUUGAAAUCAUGUGUACAUAGAUAUGUACAUAGAUAAGAGUAAGGUGAUGAGGGUAUCAAAUGAUUUAGAUAAAGAAAAGCUGGAUCUCACAUUGGAGAGAGGGAGUUUGGAAGAAAUAAAUGUUUUCAGAUAUUUGGGAGUUGACUUGUCAGCAGAUGGGUUUAUGAAGGAUGAGGUUAACCAUAGAAUUGAUGAAGGAAACAAGGUGAGUGGUGCAUUGAGGUAUCUGUGGAGACAAAAAAUGUUAACCAUGGAGGCAAAGAAGGCUCUUAAAUGGGUAUGACGCUUGGGUCGCAAGUGCUGUAGCAAGGAGGCAGUGGAGAUGUCCUGUCUAAAGGUAGUGUGUGGUGUAAAUAUUAUGCAGAGAAUUCGGAGUGUGGAAAUUAGGAGGAGGUGUGGAGUUACUAAAAGUAUUAGUCAGAGGGCUGAAGAGGGGUUGUUGAGGUAGUGUGGUCAUUUAGAGAGAAUGGAUCAAAGUAGAAUGACUUGGAGAGCAUAUAAAUCUGUAGGAGAAGGAAGGUGGGGUAGGGGUCGUCCUCAAAAAGGUUGGAGGGAGAGGGUGAAGGAGGUUUUGUGGGUGAGAGACUUGGAUUUCCAGCAAGCAUGUGUGAGCAUGUUAGAUAGGAGUAAAUGGAAAUGAAUGGUUUUUGAUCUCUGACAAGCUGUUUGGAGUGUGAGCAGGGUAAUAUUUUGUGAAGGGAUUCAGGGAUACUGGUUAGCUGGACUUGAGUCCUGGAAAUGGGAAGUACAAUGCCUGCACUUUAACUCUUUCAGGGUCUGUGCCGUAGAUCUAUGGCUUUAUGUUCCGGGUCCAAACCGUAGAUCUACGCCAUGAGCUCAGCUCACUCUGAUAAGCUGUGAGUUGUAAAUUUGGGCCUAGAUAUGAGAGAAUACAUCUAUGUGGUAUGUGUGCACCACAUAAAACAAAUCCUGCAGCACACAGUGUAUAAUGAGAGAAAAAAAACUGAGACAGUGAUUUUCGAUUAAAACAGUGACUUUGCAGUGUUUUUUCGUAUGUUUUUUAUAGUUGUAUUUGCAAUAUUUUGGUCUCAUUUGACAGAAAUAGAGAUGAUUUUGAUUGGUUUUAGCACUGGAAAUGGCUUGAAACUGAGCUCAAAGUAGUAGAAAUGUUAAAUUUUUGCCGAUGUUCAAGAGUAAACAAACGACCUCACACUUCUAAUACAUGCCAGCUGAUGGGUCUAAUAUACAUUCACAAAUGUGGUGAUGAUAUUUAUACCAUUAUUACAAUAUUGCAUAACAGUAAAUCUUCUAUUUUUGGUUUGAAUAAAAAUUCAUUAUGUGAAUAAAAAAUCAAAAUGGAAUUCAUUUGUAAAGCCUCAAAAUGUAACUAAUGAACAGAGGAAAUGUUAGUUUAGUGCCAGGAAUGCCUACAUUGUUUAUUCUGGACCCUGUUUUGAAACUGGAAUAUUUUGAACUUUGUGUUAAAUUGGCCAAAUUACCAAUUUCCGAUCACUUUAUUUUGUAGUUGAAACAGCUGACUUGGCAAUUUUUUGUGCUCAAUCGAUAGAAUAUAAGUAAUACUAGUGAAAUAGCUAAGAAUUUGGUCGACUGGAAUAAUGUAAUUGGCCUAAAAUGGGAGUCAAAGUCGGCAAAAUCGCUGAUUUGUAAAUAUCGCGGACACAUCAAAAUUUGCUAGAGCAUAAUUUCAUCAGUUUUCCAUCAAAUUUCGUACUUUUUGUUAAAAAUUAACAAAAUUUUUUUUUUGGAAAAUUCUUGGACCCUGGUGAGCACUUAGAAAUUUGGCCACUGGACCCUGAAAGGGUUAAAGGAGGGGUUUGGGAUAUUGACAGUUUGAAGGGACUUUUGAACUGUCAUAUCUGAGUGCCUUUGCAAAGACAGUGAUUAUGUAUGAGUGAAGUGAAAGUGUUAAAUGAUUAUGAAAAUAUUUUCUUUUUGGGUCACCCUGCCUUAGUGAGAGACGACCAACGUGUUGAAAAAAAAAGUGUACAAGUAGUAACAUUGUUUAACUUGUACAAUUUGAAAUACUGACAUAUUUUUUUUUUUUUUUUUUUCUUCACGACUGGUCUGGAUAUUAUAUACAGUAUACAGAAAACUGAUUCAGACCCUUGUAUUUGUAUUUGUAUUAAUAUUUUAUGCUGCAGUUAUUGAAUGAAUUUUCAUAAGACAGUUGAACACCUCUGUUCAUAAGAUAUACAUUCUUGAGAUCUUUGCAAAUGCUAUAUCCAUGAAUAACAUUUGUGACCUUUGUAUUAAUAUUUAAAUUAAUGUACUGUGCAUCAAAAUGUAUGCCAGUGGUAUGAAUUGAUUAAACCUGGUAUUUAUAUAACCCAAGCAAAACAGAGAGAGUGUGAGAGUGUGGCAUAGUGCCAGAUAAGUGGAAAAUGGCAAAUGUGAUACCUAUUUUCAAAGCAGGUGACAGGUCCUUAGCUUCAAACUAUAGGCCAGUAAGCCUAACCUCCAUAGUGGGGAAAUUUAUGGACUCAUUAAUUACCGAGGCAAUUCAUAGCUAUCUUGAAAAGCAUAAAUUGAUCAACAAAUCUAAGCACGGUUUUACAAAAGGGCAUUUCUGCCUUACGAAUUUUUAACCUUUUUCAUUAAGGUAUUUGAGGAGGUAGUUCAUGGUAAUGAAUAUGAUAUUGUGUAUAUGGACUUCAGCAAGGCUUUUGAUAGUCCCCCUCAUCAGAGACUAUUGAGGAAAAUUAAGGCACACAGGAUAGGAGGAAAAAUUUUUCUCAGAUAGAGGCACGGUUGACAAAUAGGCAGCAAAGAGUUUGCAUAAAUGGGGAGAAAUUGGAGUGGGGAAGCAUCACAAGCAGUGUUCCACAGGGGUCAGUGUUGGGCCCCUUGUUCACAAUCUACAUAAACGACACGGAUGAGGGAAUAAAUAGCAAUAUAAGCAAGUUUGCCAAUGACACCAAAAUAAGCCCACAAAUUCAUUCUGAGAAGGACAUUAGAGCACUCCAGGAAUAUUUAAAUAGACUGAUGCCGUUUACCUGGAGAGGGUUUCGGGGGUCAGUGCCCCCAUGCCUUGGUCUGAGACCAGGCCUCAUGGUGGCUCAGGAUCUGAUCAACCAGGCUGCUACUACUGGCCGAAUGCAAACUGGCAUAUGAACCACAGCUGGUUGGUCAGGUACUGACUUUAGGUGCCUGUCCAGUGCCUUCUUGAAGACAGCCAGGGCUCUAUUGGUAAUCCUCCUUAUGUAUGCUGGGAGGCAGUUGACACUUAUUAUGUUGUCUCUCAGUGUACUCGUGGCACCCUUGUUUUUCAUUGGGGGAAUGUUGCAUCUCCUGCCGAGUCUUUUGAUUUCAUAGGGAGUGGUUUUCGUGUGCAAGUUUGGUACUAACCCCCCCUAGGAUUUUCCAAGUGUAUAUUAUCAUGUAUCUCUCUUGCCUGCACUCCAGGGAAUACAGAUCAAGGGCCUUCAACUGUUCCCAGUAAUUUAGGUACCUUAUCAUACUUACGUGUGCUGUGAAAGUUCUUUGUACACUCCAGGUAAGCAAUUUUCCCUGCCUUGAAGGGGGCAGUUAGUGUACAGCAGUAUUCCAGCAUAGAAAGAACAAGCAAUUUUAAGAGAAUCAUCAUGGGCUUGGCAUCCCAAGUUUUGAAGGUUCUCAUUAUCCAUCCUAUCAUUUUCCUAGCAGAUGCAGUAGAUAUAUUGUUUUGGUCUUGGAAGGCAAGAUCCUCUAACAUUAUCACUCCCAGGCCCUUCACAUUACUUUUUUGCUCUUCUGUAUGGUUAGAAUUUGUUGUAUACCCUGUUACAGUUUUAAUUUCCUCAAGUUUUCCAUAUCUGAGUAGUUGAAAUUUCUCUUCAUUGAACUUCAUAUUGUUUUGAGUGGCCCAUUUGAAGAUUUGGUUUAUGUCCACUUGGAGUCUUGCUGUGUCUUCAAUGGAGGUCACUUUCAUGGCAGUCCAGGUGUCAUCCACAAAGGAAGACACUGAACUAUGGCUUACAUCUCUGUCUAUGUCAGAUAUGAGGAUGAGGAACACGAUGGGAGCGAGUACUGUACCUUGUGAAACAGAGCUUUUCACUGUAGCUGCCUCAUACUUUACUCUGUUUACUAUUACUCUUUGUGUUCUAUUUGUCAGGAAGUUAUAGAUCUAUCUGCCAACUUUUCCUAUUAUUCCUUUAUCAUGCAUUUUGUGCGCUAUUACACCAUGGUCACCCUUGUCAGAAGAGUGACCUGCUCUAAACCCGUGUUGCCCUGGGUUGUGUAACUGAUGGGUAUCUAGGUGGUUGGCGAUCUUGCUUUUUAGAACCUUUUCAAAGAUUUUUAUGAUAUGGGAUGUUAGUGUUAUCAGUCUGUAUUCUUUGCAGUUGCUUUGCUGCCACCUUUGUGGCAGAAUCCUUGGCUUCAUAUCAAGAAACAUAAAUAAUGGGAUUUCUCAUGUUGUUCUUCAACUUUGUAUAUCCUUGGUUAGGCCUCAUUCAGAUUAUGCUGCACAGUUUUGGUCAUAUUACAGAAUGGAUAUACAUGUAAAUGCUCUGGGAAAUGUACAAAGGAGGAUGACAAAGUUGAUCCCAUGUAUCAGAAAUCUUUCCUAUGAGGAUAGUCUGAGGGCCCUGAAUCUGCACUCUCUAGAAAGGCGUAGAAUUGGGAGGGAUAUGAUUGAGGUGUAUAAAUGGAAAACAGGAAUAAAUAAAGAGGAUGUAAAUAGCUUGCAAAAAAUAUCUAGCCAAGACAGGACUCAGAGCAACAGUUGUAUGUUGGAAAAAUUCAGGUUCGGGAAGGAUAUAGGAAAGCACUGGUUUGGUAAUAGAGUUGUGGAUGAGUGGAACAAACUCCUGAGUACCAUCAUAGAAGCUAAAACAUUGUGUAGUUUUAAAAAUAGGUUAGGUAAAUACAUGAAUGGGUGUGGGUCAGUGUGAGUUGGACCUGACCACCUGACCAGCUUGUGCUACUAGGUCAGAUGCCGUGCUCCUGCCUUAAGUGAAUGUGACCUGACCUGACCUGACUAGGUUGGGGCAUUGGCUUGGGCCAGCCUCAUAUGGGCCAGUAGACCUACUGCAGUGUUUCGUUAGUGUGAGAGUGUUAGUGUUAUUCUGAGAGUAUGAGUGAUUGUUAGUACUUAACUAAUUGUGGUUGCAGGGGUCGAGUCAACUCUUGGCCCCACCUCUUCACUGGUCGCUACUAAGUCACUCUCCCUGCUCCAUGAGUUUUAUCAUACCUCUUCUUAAAGCUGUGUAUAGAUCCUGCCUCCACUAUAUCUCUUUCCAGACUAUUCCACUUUCUGACAACUCUAUGACUGAAGAACUUCCUAACAUCCCUGUGACUCAUCUGAGUCUUCAACUUCCAAUUGUGACCCCUUGUUGCUGUGUCCCAUCUCUGGAACAUCCUGUCUCUGUCCACCUUGUCUAUUCCUCUCAUUAUUUUAUAUGUUAUCAUAUCUCUCCUGUCCUUCAGUGUUGUCAGGUCGAUUUCCCUUAACGUCUCCUUGUAGGACAUGCCCCUUGGCUAUAUGGGACAAGUCUCAUUGCAAACCUUUGUACUUUCUCUAAUUUCCUGACAUGAUGCAACAGCUAUUUGCUUGAUGUGUGCCUCAAGAGAUGUGCUCGGUAUUAUACUCGCCCCAAGAUCCUUUUCCUUGAGUGAGGUCUUUGGCCCCCCCUUGACUGUACUCUGUCUGCAGUCAUCUUUGCCCUUCCCCAGUCUUCAUGACUUUGCACUUGGUGGGGUUGAACUCCAGAAGCCAGUUUCUGGACCAGGCCUGCAGCCUGUCCAGAUUCCUUUGUAGUCCUCUCCAAUUGAUUUCUCGUCAUUAACUUCACAUCAUCUGCAAACAGGGACACUUUUGAGACUAUUCCUUUUGUCAUGUCAUUCAUAUAUACUACCAGAAAUAGCACUGGUCCUAGGACUGACCCCUGUGGAACCCUUCUCAUCACAGGCACCCACUCUGACACCUCAUCACGUACCAUGACUCACUGAUGUCUUCCCGUCAGGUAUUCUCUGAUUAAUUGCAGUGCCUUCCCUGUUUUACCUGCCUGGUCCUCCAGCUUUUGCUCUAAUCUCUUGUGUGGAACUGUGUCAAAAGUCUUUUUAUAGUCCAAGAAAAUGCAGUCUACCCACUCCACUCUCUUGUCUUAGUGCUGUCACCUUGUCAUAGAACUAUAGUAGGUUUGUGACACAGGAUUUCCCAUCCCUGCAUUCAGGCUGGUUGUCAUUGAUAAGAUCAUUCCUUUCUAGGUGCUCCACCAUUCUUCUGAUAAUCUUCUCCAUGACUUUGCAUACUAUACAUGUCAGUGACACUGGUCUGUAGUUUAAUGCUGAAUGUCUGUCUCCUUUUUUAAAAAUUGGGACUACAUUUGCUGUCUUCCAUACCUCAGGUAGUCGCUCUGUUUUGAUGUGUUGAAGAUUUUUGUUAGUGGUACACAGAGCACCUCUGCUCCCUCUCCCAGGACCCAUGGAGAAAUGUUGUCUGGCCCCAUCACCUUUGAGGUAUCUAGCUCGCUUACCAGCCUCUUCACUUCCGCCUCAGUUGUAUGUGUUGUGUCCAGCAGUUGAUGGUGUACCCCACCUCUCCAUCUUUCUGGAGUCCCUUCUGUCUCUGUGAAUACUCUUUGACUCUCAUAUUGAGCUUCUUACAUACUUUUGGUUGUUUCUUUUGAACUCCCCUCCUUCCUUCCUCAGCCUGAUUGCCUGGUCCUUGACUUUUGUUUUCCUCCUGAUGUGACUGUACAAUAGUGCUUCCACUGCUGUGUCAUUUUUGUAUUGUCUUUGGUUCUCCUUCCUUACUUGAGCAUAUUCAUUUCUUGCUCUUUGGCUGCUCUCCUUAUUCUCCUGGGUCCUUUGUCUUCUAUACUUCUUCCAUUCUCUAGCACACUUGGUUUUGGCCUCUCUGCACCAUUGAGUGAACCAAGGGCUUCUCCUGGCUUUUUCAUUAUUUCUGUUCUGUGUGAGAGUAUGAGUGUUGGUGUGAGUGUUGGUGUUAGUGUGUGUGUGUGUGCUAAUGUGUGUGUUUGUGUGUGUGUGUGUUAGUGUAUGUGUGUGUUUGUGUGUGUGUUAGUGUAUGUGUGUGUUUGUGUGUGUGUGUGUUAGUGUGUUGUGUGUGUUUGUGUGUGUGUGUGUGUUAGUGUGUGUGUAUGUUAGUGUGUGUGUGUGUGUUAGUGAGUGUGUGUGUGUGUGUGCAUGUACUCACCUAUUUACCUAUUUGUGGUUGCAGGGGUCGAGUCAUGGCUCCUGGCCCUGCCUCUUUGCUGAUCACUACCAGGUCCUCUCUCUCCCUGCUCCAUGAGCUUUAUCAAACCUCAUCUUAAAACUAUGUAUGGUUCCUGCCUCCACUACAUCACUUUCCAGACUCUUCCACUUCCUGACAACUCUAUGACUCAAGAAAUACUUCCUAACAUCCCUUUGAUUUAUUGUGACCCCUUGUUUCUAUGUCCCAUCUCUGGAACAUCCUGUCUGUCCACCUUGUCAAUUCCUCACAAUGUUUUAUAUGUCGUUAUCAUGUCUCCCUUAACCCUCCUGUCCUCCAGUGUCAUCAGGCCAAUUUCCGUUAACCUCUCUUCAUAGAACAUUUCCCUUAGCUCUGGGACUAGUCUUGUUGUAAACAUUUGCACUUUCUCUAAUUUCUUGAUAUGCUUGACCAGGUGUGGGUUCCAAACUAGUGCUGCAUAUGGGCCUGACAUACACAGUGUACAGAGUCUUGAAUGAUUUCUUACUAAGGUAUCAGAAUGCUAUUCUUAGGUUUGCCAGGCACCCAUAUGCUGCAGCAGUUAUCUAGUUGAUGUGCACCUCAGGAGGAGAUGUGCUCGUUAUAAUACUUGCCCCAAGAUCCUUUUCCUUGAGUGAGGUGUGCAGACUUUGGCCACCUAGCCUACACUCUAUCUGUGGUCUUCUUUGCUCUUACCCGAUCUUCAUGACUUUGUGUCUGGCAUGGUUAUGUUCGAGGAGCCAUUUCCUGUCCAGGCCUCUCUGUUUGUAGUCCUGCCUGAUCCUCAUCCGAUUUAAUUCUCCACAUUAACCUCACAUCACAUGCAAACAGGGACACUUCUGAGUGUAUCCCUUCCAUCAUGUUUUUCACACAUACCAAAAACAGUAUUGGUCCUAGAACUGACCCCUGUGGAAUCCUGCUUGUCACAAGUGCCCACUCUAACACUUCAUCACAUACCAUGACUCAUUGUUGCCUCCCUGUCCACUCUUCUCCUGAUAAUCUUCUCCAUGACUUUGCAUACUAUACACGUCAGUGACACUGGCCGAAGUUUAAUGUUUUGUGUUUGUCUCCUUUCUUAAAAAUUGGGACUACAUUUGCAGUCUUCCAUACCUCAGUUUCAGUGGAUGUUUAGAAGAUUUUGUUAAUGGUGCACACAACAUGUCUGCUCCCUCUCUAUGAACCCACAGAGAAAUGUUGUCCCUUCCCUCCACCUUGGAGAUAUCAGGUUCACUUAGCAGCUUCUUCACCUCCUCCCCAUUUGUGUGUACAGCCUCUCCUCACUUAACGACAGAACUCCAUUCCUAAGACCACAUUGUUAAACGAAUUUGUUGCUAAGUGAGGUGCAUUCUAUAAUGGUAGUGGGUUUGUGUCGACUAUCUUUGAUAUUGUUUUAAUGUCACCUUUGCACCAUUCAUAACAUUUUUGGUAUAUUUUUAAAUGUUUAUACAGUAGUGUACUGUAUAUUGAAAUAAACAGAAUAGAGGAAAUCAGCUCUAAUAUACAUUAUUUAGGUAUAAAUACUGGUCAGAGAGCCCAUCAUAAGUCCGAGGCAUCGGUAAACGAGUACAUCACUAAGUGAGGAGAGGCUGUAUUUCAUCCAGCACUUGUUGGUAUAUCUCUUGUUGGUGUUUCCCCUUAUUCUUACUUCCCAGAGUCCUUUCUGUCUCCACUGUAAAUACUUCUCUAUAUCUCCUGUUGAGCUCCUGACGUACUUCUUGGUCGUUUCUUGUGAGCUCCUCACCUUCUUUCUUCAGCCUGAUUACCUGAUCCUUGAUUGUUGUCUUUCUCCUGAUGUGGCUAUACAACAGUUUCAGGUCAGACUUGCCUUUUGAUACUAUGUUGUUUUUGUGCUGUAGCUGGGUGUCCUUCCUUAAUUGUACAUACUCAUUUCUGGCUUUUCAGCUAAUCUCUCUAUUUUCCAGGGUCCUUUGUCUUCUCUAGUGCAAUUAGUUUUUGCCUCACUACACCUUUGGGUGAACCAAGGGCUCGUUCUGGUCUUCCCAUUAUUUCUGUUGCCCUUGGGAACAAACCUCUCCUCUGCUUCCUUGCAUUUUGUUGUUAUGUAAUCCAUCAUUUUGUUUACUGACUUUGCUACCCAUUCUCUUUCCUACUGAAACUCCUGCAGGAAGUUCCUCAUACCUGUGUAGUCCUCCCUUUUUAUAGUUUGGCUUUUACCAUUCUACUCCUGUUAACCUCUCCACUUGUAACUUCACUAUGUAUUCAAAGCUCAGAAUCACAUGAUCGCUACCUCCAAGGGGCCUCUCAUAUGUGAUGUCCUCGACGUCCAAACUAUUUGAGGUGAAUACGAGGUCCAAUCUUGUUGGUUCAUCCUCACCUGUGUGUGUGAAAGUGUGAGUGUGUAUGUGUGAGAGAGAGAGAGAGUGGGAGUUAGUAUGAAAGAGUGUGAGAAUGAGUGUACUGUGGGUCAGGCCAUUGUCUUUGCAAGGGUAUAAGUAAGUUUCAUAUGUGAUGUUUUCAAUGUCUGAGCUACUCAGAGUUAACACGAAGUCCAGUCUUGCUCUGUGUGUGUGUGUGUGUGUGUGUGUGUGUGUGUGUGUGUGUGUGUGUGUGUGUGUGUGUGUGUGUGUGUGUGUGUG